AUGGCAGACACGUCCACACAGCAGUCUAAGCCCACGCAGAGUGACGGAAGUGAGACCGAGGACGACGUCGCCGAUUCGCCUGUUGUUCCCAAACAGCAGUCUCAGCAACCGUCGAAGACUAUCAUCACAUCCACGCCGCAGAACAAUGAAGUCUCGACUCCACACGACGACGAUUCCGGCACCUUUAUGGCUCAUUACAGCUCUUCGAAGAGCAAAUCCGCAAAACAGUACAAGAAGAAGAAGGAUCUCUUCGGUCAUAGACUGAGCAGCGAUUCAUUCGUUCCGGCGGACGAGAGUGCCAUCGGAGCUGUUGAGAACAAUAUGUCAGAAGAGAGGCCCAAGCAAGAUGGCCAGGACAGCGCGGCGAGACUCACGCACAAUGAAGAUCCCGCUACAACUGCACCAGUUUCCGAGUCAAGUCCGAACAUCGCAGACUCUGACGUGGACGAUACGUCGGAGCAUCCGCCUCCCGCAGACGAAGUCGCAGAUGUCCCACCCGUUGCCAGUGUGCUGGAAGUCGACGAGAACGUAUCGUACGAGCCAAUUAAUGUCGUGGACCAACCUCUUAGCGACAAAGACGAUGUCCAGACCGAUGCCAGCAGCAGCACUACCAAGGCUAAGAGCAAGAGCAAGGGAGCCCAGCUCCGUGGCGGCAAGAGGAAUUUUUCCGGCCCAGCCUCUGUUGACGAGGACGGCAACCAAGAGAAUCAGCCUUUGGCCAAGAAGCCACGCGCAUCAAGCACGAGCGAGUUCAUCGACAAAGAGCUGGAGGAGAUCGCGGCUACUAGCCAGGACGAGAGCGAUGGCGAUAGCCAGAUCCCAGCUCAAGGGCCUUUUCCAAGCAGGAAAUCAAGUCGAGCCAUGGCAGACCUACCGCAAGAGGAGAGUACUGAGGACGAGGCUCCAUCUGCUGGACGCCGACAUAGGACGAGUCGCACGUCUUCCGCUGCACUUGUCCAGGACGAUGAUAUUGCCGACGACGCAGCUGCCCCUGUUGAAGCUGCCAACGGUGAUGCUACGGAAGCUGAUGCUGCUGAAGACGAAGUUGCUGAAGACGAGGCUGCCGAUGAUGAUGAGGUACAAACCACCGCGAUCCGGUCGACCAGGAAUUCCAGCUCAUCAUCUUCUACGAAGAUGUCCAACUCGCGUGGACGUAUCAGCAAGGCACCGAUCAAGAAGACACCCGCUCGUCGGAAGAGCGCAUCUCCGUCCAAAACCCCGACAUCUUCAGCUCGCCCUCCUACUAGGAUCCUGCUGAGCGGCAGCAGACUUACUGCCACCAACCAAAAUUGGCUCAAGCGACAGACCAACGUCGUCGAUGAAGUUCCCGGCAAGAGAACCAAUUAUGCCUGCGUCGUCCGUGACGAAAACAUUCCCACAACGAUUAAAGUCCUAAGGGCGCUUAUCGCUGGCAAACGUAUCAUUACGGACCAAUGGGUUGUCGACUCCAAGGAAGAGGGUAGCCUUCUCGAUGUGAAUGAAUACCUCCACCCCGACUUGCAAACGAAGGACAUCGGUACCGAAGACCGUCGCAAGCUGUUCAACAAAAAGAUACUAUUCUUCACUCACGCUGCGAAAGCGAGCUUCGGGUUAGACUGGGAAGACGUGAUCACUACCGCCAUGGAGGCUGGAGCUUCGCAUGUGGACUUCGGCACUGCGUUCAAAGGCGCGACCACUCAUUCCGACAAAGUCAACAGGAUCGAUUUUGGAAUCAAGAAUGACACUGACGCGAACAAGUUGAAGGAGGAAUAUGAGAGCACGGUGUAUGACAAGGCCAUGUUCGCUAAGGCGAUCCUUCGUGCGAAGCUGGAGCUGGAUGACGAUGAGUUUGUGCUGGAGUGA